CCGUAUUAGUAGUUUCUUCAUGCAGAUUUUCGGAUCCUAUAUUAUUAUUGUUUCCCAUCUGUUGAUUAACGGAAUAAGUUGUACACUAACCAAACGUUAAUAAAGCGUUAUUUCUGCCGAUUCCAUUGUAACUUAAUGUAUUGACCCAUACCGCUUACCGUAUUUGUAGUUCUUGAGAGACGGUUAUGAAAUAAUCAAACCUCCACCUUUUCGGGACUUUUAAAGCGUCUUAAAAAACAAAUACAAACUUUACAUGAGUCUUUGUAUGUCCUUAAACACACCGUGAAACAAAUAGAGAAUAAAAAGUGUUCAAAUGAAGAGUUAGAGAAGAUUAAACGCCGUUCAUUUGUGUUAGCAUGCUAGCGUUAGCCUCUUCCGGUGUAGUUUUGUAACAGCUGAUAAUAAAUUAUAUAAGAUUUAAAAUGCGGAUUCUUUCACAACGAGCAAGAGCGGCUCCAUGACAGGUGAGAUGUCUGUGGUGCAGCGAGCUGUGACUGAUGCAUUGUGGGGGAUGUGUGCAGCGGACUCCCUCUCGAUGCCGGUCCACUGGUACUACGACGUGGACGACAUCCAGAGGGACUUCAGAGGCUGGAUCAGAGGGUUCGCCCCCCCCAGGAACACCCACCCAUCCAGCAUCCUCAGCCUCUCCAAUACAGGGGGCAGCGGGCGCUGGUCUUCUGGCCCCAGGCGUCCGGACGUCGUGGGUCGACUGAUCCUCCAUGACAAGCUGGAUCUGUGGACCAAAUCCAGAGGAGACACGCACUACCACCACGGUCUGUCAGCGGGCGACAACACCCUGAACGCUCUCUGCUCGCUGAGAGUCGCCCUCUCUCUCGUCUCCGGAGGUUUCUCUGACGUCUCGUCUCCGGACGCUCGGGCAGCCGUCCUCGCCGACUACGUUUCCUUCCUGACGACGGCGGGGUCGCAUCGGGACACGUACGCAGAGUCCUUCCACCGGGACUUCUUCUCCUGCUGGCAGGAAGAGCGGCCCACUGAGCCCCGACAGCUGUUGGAGUUCGCAGAACGGCGUAGCGUUAGCGCUCUGAGCGCGCCAUGGCCUGACAGCCAGCUGGACGCCAUCGGCUGCCUUCCCAUGAUCCUCCCUUUUGUGCUGCUGUCGGCCGACGCCCCACCGGAGCAGGCAGAGAGAGCGGCAGUGGAGAUGGUGAAGCUGACGCACCCCCACCCCCGGGUGCCGGGCUGGGUGUCGCUGUACAGCCGGGCGCUGCACAGGGUGGUGGGGGGGGGCCAGCGUCCAGGGGGAGGCACAGCUCGCUCUGAAGAGCCUGGAUGUGUGGGAAGCCUGCCGGGGGUUCAGCAGCAAGGCAGCAAGGUUCCCUGCUGGGUCAGAGCAGCGCCUCCGGGUUCAUCAGAACGCUGUCUAUCAGCUCGGACUGGCCUGCUACACCAGAGGUUCACUGGUAUUCUUUUAUAUAGAAUAGAGAAUAACUGCACAUGCUAUUUGUUUACAGUGACAUUACACCUGAGUGUUACCUGUGCAGGUGCGCUGGGCAGUCUGUUCUACCUGGCUCAUGAGUUCCACGCUGACGCAGCGGCAGGACUCCUCGCCAACACCAACUGUGGAGGUGAGAACUGUAACCGGGGCGCGGCACUGGGCGCUCUGCUGGGGGCGGGGGGGGCGUACAGGGGGGCCGGUGUCCCGACAGCGUGGAGGGAGGAGCUUAGAGACGCCAGGGAGACCAUCCCCCUCAUCCUGAAGAACAUCAACAUCAAAUAACACACUCCUAUUGGCCGGCGCGCCAACACACUGCACGGGAUAGGCUAAGGGGCGGGAACUCUUGAAGAGGUUGACCAAUCAGAAUGUUUGUGGAAUAGAAUAUGCAUUAUUAUUGUUUAUUAAUAAAUGAUUUGCAGUAUUUAAA